GCGGCGCGUCAAACGUCAGGAAAUGUGCCCGUGGAGGCUGGUGGCGGCUCUCAGGUUUCUCUCUGUUGUAACCCUCGUUGCAUCAUUGACGGCUGUUAAUUGAUCCCGAGCACCAAUUUUCGGCAUUAUGGCGAUGAACGUGCCGUACGAGGCGAUCGGCAAAGGUUUCGUCCAGCAGUAUUACACGCUUUUUGACGACCCGGCACAAAGGCCGAACCUUAUAAAUAUGUACAACACGGAGACGUCCUUUAUGACGUUCGAGGGACUGCAGAUACAGGGCGGCAUCAAAAUCAUGGAGAAAUUAACUAGCCUAUCCUUUCAAAAAAUAAAUCGGGUAAUAACAGCGAUCGAUUCGCAACCUAUGUUUGAUGGAGGAGUUCUCAUUAAUGUAUUGGGGAGGCUGCAGACUGACGAGGAUCAGCCUCACGCGUACAUCCAGACAUUUGUCCUGAAGCCGAUCGGUACCAGCUUUUACGUGCAGCACGACAUCUUCAGACUCGCAUUACACGAUACGGUUUAAGCAUCAGGCCGAUGAGGACCCACCACACGCCUUUUCACAGUGUUUUGUGCUGAAACCGAUGGGAAACUCAUACUUCUGUCAGCACGACAUCUUUCGUCUUGGCAUUCAUGACUCUGCAUGAACAAGGAAGAACUGGUUCUCGCAAUGUGUGUGUGACCAGAUUUAGGCGGUUUGCCGGGCGACGGACACCCCAGAGUGCGAACUAUAAGUGAGCCCCCUAAUCUCAUCGAUAACCCUCUCGUCACAUCCACAUACCUACCCUCCAUUCUUUCUAGAUAAUAUCACAUGUUUUAUAUGAACAAUAUAAAUAACAAUAUAGUUCCGCUUAUAUCUCUUGGCCACAAUAAGAAAGAGGGACGAAAAGUUAGAAACAUCCAGGUAACAAACAGGUACAUGGACACCAUUUUAACUGCAUCGCUUUCCUCCGUAUAUGCGUAUAUACGUUACGUCGAAGAAAAAAAAUUACGUUUCUUAUACCACACGAGUAGCACAACACACACUUAGAUGUUUCAUAAAUCGAGAGAGAGUUUGAUUUUUGAUGGCAGGUAAUAUAUUUGUAUUACUACGCUUUGAAACCUAUUGUAACAUAUUUUACAUUUAAUGCUGUGUAUUUUUGUAAUACGAGAAUGUUGGCCACUAAAUACAAGAAUACGAAAUUAA